AUGUCUAGGGUAACGAAGAGAAUUCUGCUGCUGCUACCUUUGUGCUGUUACUUUAGUGCUGGGAGCUGUGGGAGAGUGUUGGUGUGGCACAUGGAAUUUAGCCAUUGGUUGAAUGCACAUGUGAUUCUCACUGAACUUGUACAGCGGGGCCAUCAGGUGACAGUCCUCAGACCUUCAUCCUCUGCUUUUCUUAAUCUUAAUAGUCCAUCUGAUAUGAAAUUUGAAACUUUUCCUACAUCUUCCAAUACAGAAGAAAUGAGGAAUUUUUUUCAACAAAUGUUUGAUACCUGGAUAUAUAAUAUACAACAGGAUGCCCACUGGAAAUAUUUUCCACUACUACAAAGCAUGUUUUGGGAAUUUUCUGAUAUUUAUUAUAACAUUAGUAAAGAUGCAGUUCUGAACAAAAAACUUCUGACAAAGUUACAAGAAUUAAAAUUUGACGUCCUUCUUGUAGAUGUCACCUUUUCUGGUGGGGACCUGGAAACCCACUACAUAUCACAGAGUAUGGAAAAAGCAGAAACGUGGCUCAUUCAAUCCUACUGGGAUUUGGAAUUUCCUUGCCCAACUUUGCCAAAUAUUGAGUUUGUUGGUGGACUCCACUGCAAACCUGCCAAGUCUUUGCCUAAGGAAAUGGAACACUUUGUUCAGAGCUCUGGAGAACAUGGUGUUGUGGUGUUUUCUCUAGGGUCAAUGGUCCACAACCUAACAGAAGAAAGAGCCAAUGUGAUUGCUUCAGCUCUUGCUCAGCUGCCCCAAAAGGUUAUUUGGAGAUACAACGGCAAGACACCUGAUACCUUACAACCCAAUACUCAGUUGCAUGAGUGGAUCCCCCAGAAUGACCUUCUUGGUCAUCCCAAAACCAAAGCUUUCAUAACUCAUGGAGGUGCCAAUGGCAUCUGUGAUGCCAUCAACCACGGGGUCCCUAUGGUGGGGAUUCCUUUGUUUGGGGAACAACAUGAUAACAUAGCUCACAUAGAAGCCAAAGGAGCAGCUGUUGUGUUGGAUUUCAAGACAAUGUCAACUGCAGAUUUGGUCAAUGCACUGAAGGAAGUCAUGAACAACCCUUUCUUUAAACAGAAUGUCAUGAGGUUAUCGACCAUUCACCAUGACCAGCUGGUGAAGCCCCUGGACCGAGCAGUCUUCUGGAUCGAGUUUGUCAUGCGCCACAAAGGGGCCAAGCACCUGCGGCCACUCGCCCAGAACCUCACCUGGUACCAGUACCACUCUUUGGAUGUCAUUGGCUUCCUGCUGGCUUGUGUGGUGACCGUUACUCUCCUUGUCACAAAAUGUUGCUUGUUUUAUUAUCAGAAGACUGUUGAGAUAGGAAAGAAGAAGAAGGAGUAG